GCCGAGGUUGCGCUGAAGAAGAGCAUGGAUGUGGUGUCGGAAUCAAUGGCGAAUGAACAGGAGAUCUCGAGGUGUCUCGCGCCGCAUGUACAGGAGGAGUUAACUCCUGGAUAUGACCGGGCGAUGGAAGAGCGAGGGACGGGAAGUGUGGCUAGACAAAAGGCUUCUUUCCACAACUUCAUUUCCGAAGCCAAGGAAGACCUGUUCGAAGAUGGCGCGGAUGUGAUCAUGGAAAGACUGGCAAAUGCUGUAUCCGCUAUCGGCGAUGGCCUUGCAUUAUCUCUGGACGAGCUCCCGCAGAAGAUUUGA